UCAAGAACAUCGUGGCCAGUCAAUUUUCCUGUGCCCCAGUUUUCUUAUGAUUCAGAGCUGAAACUUGACAGAGGUAAUGCUACAUACAAAAAAGAUGGCACCCCUCUCAUACCUGAUCCAAAACUUAAAUCCAAUAUUCUUGAGACCCUGGUGCAAGAAAUUAUCAAAUACAAACUUUACUGCAGUGGCAAGGAAUUCAAUUCUGUGGCUGAGGCCCUUGUAUCGAAGCAUCCUUGCUUGAGAGAGAAAGGUUCUAUCACCGGACAUGCUGGAUGGAAGGCCAGUUUGGCAAAUAAGCUUGCCAUGUACCGCACCCAUCUGAGAAAACUGGGAUGCACUGAAGUGACUAUCAAUUCCCUGAAGAACAAGCCAGAGGGAAAAGCAAGUCCUGCAGCUUCCAUAAAGAAACCUCGGCGGGCAGAAGUUAAUUACUGCCCCCCGCAUCCCACUGGAGAAUCUGAUACAAGCCUGGAAAGACUGAGAGUUGAACUUCUUGAUGAUGUGACGAGGACAAACAGGGAAGUGGUCAAAAGGAAAAUGGAGAAAACAUUUUCAUACAGGAGACGAGAAGUCGUUUCCGAGGAGCCAAUGGUUCAGGACUUCAAGGCAAGAUGGCCAGCCUUCUUUCACAUGAGUGAGAUAAAUGCGGAAUUUAAGAGGAUAACCACCAUGCUGCUCCAGUCCAGAUUUCUCUCCCAGCUGGAUAUUCAGACCGACAAAAUGAUCAAGUUAUUCAGGAAACGAGGAGGAGUGAUUGGAACCAAACUGAAGCACAUCCUGGAAGAGAUUGGGAAGACUGAGGACAUUGAGGUUCUAAGAAAACUCAUCCUAAAGGGACUGUGCAUAUAUCUCCAGGAGGACCCAGCACACCUCUUCAUGGAAUACAAGAAUGAAGACCAUGCUGCAAUCCAGGAGGCAAUUGAGGACACCACGGUGGGAAUUUUCCUCAUAAUGGAAAGUGGCAGUGGUGAGGAAGAGGACAUCAUCGUGGUCCUUGAAGGCCAGGCCGUGGUGGUCGACCUACCAAGUGUCGGAGUGGCGGUUGCCAUGCUGUUUGGCCUUAUUUACAACUUAAACCUGGACUACCCUCCUCAUCUUAGAUACACCUUUGAGGUAAUCCAGAAAGUUUUAAUGGAGUUGGAAGGCAAAGUACUCUCAAAAAGGGCUCAGGCCUUGAAGAUCCGACUCUUUGAGUAGAGAUGGUGCCUUAAAAAUGUUUUUGUGUGUUUUUAAGAGUGGUUUUAUGUGGCAUCUUGCUACUUGUUUUGCUACUGUUUCCCCAUAAAUAGCAAGCCCC